AUGCAGGGUACUUAAAUUAAUCAUUCAAUCAAUACUCUAAUUUCUCAUUACUAAUAAAAAAUUAAUCUGGAGAAUGCUCUUCCUUUUGUAUUCAACAAGGUAACACAUGUAAUUCAAUAAAUAAGUAGUGUUUGUGUAAGUCUGGUUAUUUUGGAUAGUUUUGUUAACUUUCAAGAAAAAUAGCAGUGUUGCAAAUAUAAUACGAUAUAAUUAUUAAACCUCUUUAAUGGGUUUAUAUUGGUUUUGAAACUAAAUUAUUAAAUUCAAAUGAGACUCUGAAAUUAAAAAUUCGUGAUUAAUCAUCUGAAAUGUUGAUGGGAUUAGGAAUGUAAGGAAUAGAAAAUCAUGAAAUUCCUAAUAUCCAUUAUGAUGCUUAUUUGAUACCAAAGAAAAUUGAAUAACAAAUUUAUUAGUUGAAAGGUGAUUUAAUCUAUUAUCAAUCAAUGUGUAUGAAUUGCACAUUUUUAAAUAUUGGAUUUUACAAUUAGCAUUCUUAUCCUAUCCUAUUUUAUUUUGAAUUGUAUGAAAAGUAAUUAUAAAAAGAUAAUGAUCCAUAUCAUUUGUAAAUUAUAUUGUAAUCUAUAUUCUUCACUUGUUUUAUUUUGAUUACUUAUUUAAUUUUUAGAAAAAUAAGAUAAAAAUAAUAAAGAUAAUAGGUGAGGUUAGUUUAAAGAGAACAUAGAGGAAAUAGAAGGAGAAGAAGAAUAUUGCAAUAAUAAAGUGAUGAUAUUUUAAAAGGAUUUAAAUUAGACUUUAUCUAAACAUAUUUUCCUUAAUUUUAUUAUUUAGAUCUUAUAGAUAAAUAUCCUCAAUUAAGUGAAUUUGUUGAAUGUGUAGUAUGUUUAGAAUCAAUGGCUCCUCCACAAUAAGGAAAAUUGACAGAAAGAGAUCAUAUAGAUCAUUGUUCAUUAACUCCAUGUUAUCAUCUAUUUCAUUAGCACUGCUUAUUUAAAUGGUUACAGACACAAAAAUGUUGUCCUUUAUGUCGAAAAGAAUUUUAAGAUCAAGAAAUAAAAAAUAAACCUUGGAUUAGUUUAAAUAAUGAUAUAAGUUUAAGAGAAACUAGCAGAGCCAACCCUUUCGUUUAAAGAAUGAAAACAAGGAGUGAAAAUACACAAUCCUCUGAUAUUCCAUUAAUGAUAGACACAGAAUAAGUGGAAACUCAACCUAAUAAAGACAUUAUUGUAAAUAUUCCUUAAAAAAGUGCUAGAGAUUUGAUUAUAAGAUGA